GGUCUCGGACUACACAUUACUUUUGAGAACAGCCCGAGAGACGCAGAGCGGAGACACGAAUUAUCACUCUUUCUCUCUCUCUCUCUCUCUCUCUCGCAAAAAACCAAAACUAAACAAGACAAAACAAAAAAACAAAAAAACAUCUUGACUUGAACAACCAAGAUGAGUGACGGACCAAUGAAUGGGAUUGUUUUUUUGUUGUUGUUGUUUUAAAAAAAAUGUUUUUAAUUUCACUUUCUGAAUAAAUGGUAGUCAGUUGCAGACGUCAUACAUAAAGUUAAAUAUGCUACUCAAAGAGAAUACAUUUUUAUAUCGACUGUUCACGGUGGAUAUCUAUGGUAAACUUAUUUCAAAGGACUUUGUCAUUUCGGAAUACCCUUUGGACUAAUGCUAAUGUUACAGACGUUUUCGAGAACGGGUGGCAUCCUUCAUUGCUUUUAAUGUUUAGUGUCAGAUAAUGGACACUGCGAUUAUCUUCGAGGAGUCUCUGUCGCACACGUGUCCCUCUGCAUCAGGAUGCCUGGCCUAUGAAACUUGAUGUUUUCCGUGCACCACAGCAAUUCGUCGGGCCCCGGCCCCGGCCUUGGCCCCACCCCCGGCGGGCCCCUCGCGCCCCUUUCCAACCAGAGCCAGGGGGUGGCGACGGUGGCGGCCGUGUCCCACCGGGGCAACCUCACCACCGGGGGCCCCGCUGUGGCCGGCCUGUCCAUGACUCUGGGCGUCCUCUUCAACAUCGUGGCCCUGGUCAUCCUGGGCAACGCCUACGCCAACCUGCGCCGGCACUCCAAGGCCACCUUCCUCCUGUUCGCCAGCUCCCUGGUGGUGACGGACUUGGCGGGACACGUCAUCCCCGGCACCCUGGUGCUGCGGCUCUACCUCUCCGGAGGGGUGCCCGCGCCGUACGGCCCCGCCGACGCGCUCUGCCAGUUCCUGGGCGGCAGCAUGGUGUUCUUCGGCCUGUGCCCACUCUUCCUGGGCUGCGCCAUGGCGGUGGAGCGUUGCCUCGGGGUGACGCGCCCGCUACUGCACGCCUCGCUGGUCACCACCACCCGGACUAAGCUCUGCCUCUCCUCCAUCUGGCUGCUGGCCCUCGGCGUGGCCCUGCUGCCCUGCUUCCGGCUGGGCGUCUACACCUACCAGUUCCCCGGCACCUGGUGCUUCAUCAAGGUGCUGGAGGACACCGGGCAGACGGACGUGGCCUUCGUGCUGCUGUUCUCCGGGCUGGGCCUGGCCUGCCUGGCCACGGCGCUGGUGUGCAACACCGUCAGCGGGGUCACGCUGGUGCUGGCCAGGCGCCGCAGGAGGUCGUGCACCCACCGCUCGGCCAAGUCCCACGACAUUGAGAUGGUGGUGCAGCUGGUGGGCAUCAUGGUCACCUCCUGCAUCUGCUGGAGCCCCCUGCUGCAGCUCCACCGGGGAGGACCUGGAGACCUACAAGACCCUGAUGGUGAUGGGCGUCCGUCUGGCCUCCUGGAACCAGAUCCUGGACCCCUGGGUGUACAUCCUGCUCCGCCGGGCCGUGCUGCGGAAGAUCUGCCUCAUCACCGCGCGCCGCGCCGACCUGAGGGGGAGCACCUUCCGGCGCUGGGAGGUCAGCUCGUUCCGGAGCUCGGACAAGAACGCCGCCAACAAGGUCUGAGGAUGGGCAGAUCUCCAGAGGAGGACAGGAAAAAAAAAAAGGGGAGGGAAGGGGAGACAUCUGUCUCCCCUUUUUACGAGGUCUACCCACGAGCGAAGCGUGCCACUUCCCCAUUUGCAACGCGGCGCCUUCCCCUUUUUUUCCUCUUUCUCUCUGAUCCAGAGGCAUUGGCCAAAACAGGAAGAGCCUGUUUUAUCAUGCUGUUUUGCACAAAACAUUGGAUAGUGUCUUUUUUUAAUGUCCUUUUUUUUUUUUUUUUUGGUGGUUCAGAGACAAUAGGACGCAUGUCUGCAUGCAAGUCUGUCUAAAUGGCGGCUUUUCCAAAUUCUGCGCCUCUGGAGAGGACGGCAGGUCCAGUGGAGCAUUCAUGAAGGAACACGAAGGCACUGUAACGUGGUGCGCAGUACGUUUGGAGGUUGUGGAGGUGAAGCUGAUGGAGAGGUUUGUAGGGCGUGCGAUCUCGGAUGUGGGGUGUGGGUCAUUGUUGCGGAUCAUCUGAUGAGUCUCAAAGCAGACUACUGUUUCACACACAGACCAGUCCGCACGCUUACAUCUGAGGACUAAGGUUUGCUAGGCUAUGUCACUACAGUUGUGCUCGUUUGAAUACUCUGUAUGUAUGUUUGGGGCUUGGACUCCAGUGUUAUUGUCCCAGUGAAAUGUUAGUUUUAAUUCAAGUAAAUCAUCAGCAAGUCCUGCUGUUUGUCUUGUAGACAAUGCUACGCCAAAGUAUAAGGUUAUAUUUUUUCCAUGUUUGAGGAUGUGUGAGGCUAUUUCAUACAUUGUAUAUUUUGUUUUCCCAAUUGUCUGGGGACGUAAAAUGAAGUUAUGUUGAAUGUAACAAUGGCAAAUAAAAAGGAAUCAUAUUGA